CGAGCAGACAUUGAAGGCAUCUUUGGUCGCGCCUCUGGUUCUAAAAGUUUGCUACACCUUGCUGGUCUCGCACUAGUCGUCUUUUAAACAUGGCUAAAUGGGGCUUAAUCUCCCUUCUAGUAGUGUUAUUAGCAGUGCUGCUGGGAGAGAGGAUAGUCAGCAUAAGGAAGAGAGCGCUGGCUUCUCGUGAGCUGCUGAAGAAUCAUCUCCCCAACUGUGUUCCACUCAAGGGUCUAAAUGUUGGCUCAGAAGAUAUUACAGUCUUCGGGGAUGGAUUCGCCUUCGUCAGCAGUGGUUUGAAGUAUUCAGGAUUUCCGUCCUCCGACAAACCCGGGAAGAUCUUCCUCCUCGAUCUGAAAGGCUCUCCGAUAAAACCGGUCGAGUUGCGCAUGCCGCGAAACUUUGACCCGGAGACGUUCAACCCUCAUGGCAUCAGUGUCCACACAGACACAGCUGGGAAAGAAAAGAAAGAAAAAAAAAUCCUCCCCCCGGGCCGCGGAACAAAUUAUCAAGCGUUGACCGGUCCGCAGCUACAAAAAGAUGGCACCGUAUACCUGUUUGUCGUGAAUCAUCCUUACGGUAAAAGCCAAGUAGAGUUGUUUAAAUUCGUUGAAGAAGAGUUCUCCCUGUUGCAUCUAAAGACCUUCCAGCAUGGACUUCUUCACAAUGUCAACGACAUUGUGGCAUUGGGAGUGGACCGUUUCUAUGCCACCAAUGAUCACUAUUUACAACACGAAUUCUUUAAAAUAAUAGAGCCUCUUCUGGGUCAACCUUGGACUAAUGUUGUGUAUUAUAGUCCAGAGUCUGUCAGAGUGGUCUCUGAGGGAUACUACUUUGCAAAUGGCAUCAACAUCUCACGAGACAAAAGGCAUAUCUAUGUGGCAGAUCCAAUGGACCAAAAUGUGCAUGUGUUGGAAAGGAAAGAAGACAAUGCAUUGGUCUCUGUGAAGUCCGUGGCGGUGGGUUCACUUUGUGACAACAUCGAAGUUGACCCUCACACAGGUGACCUUUGGAUGGGCUGCCACCCCAAUGGAUGGAAACUUUUGAAGGGUGACCCUGAAGAUCCAGCUGGAUCAGAGGUUAUCCGAAUCCAAGACAUUCACUCCGACGAACCACUGGUGACUCAGGUGUAUGCUGAUGAUGGUCAUGUGAUCAUGGGUUCCUCUGUAGCUACAACUUAUGGAGGCAAACUGCUCAUUGGCUCUGUUUUUCAUAAAGCCUUAUGCUGUGAUUUGGAGUAGGCAGUAAGUGUAAAUUGUAACAGAAUACCAGAUGCCUCAUGAAAAGGACAAGUAAAGAAAGUAAAAUAGAUGGUGAUAGGAAUUUACUGUUUUUAACACUAAUUGCAAGGUUUCUUUUGUUGAGUAAAUCAUGAACUGCUAACUGGAAAUUGUGUUCUCUACAUUAAAAAUAGGAAACCUUUCUUACCAUUUUUAUAUCCCGCAUUUAAGGUAAACGCAAAAAAUAUGUCAGUCUCGGUCUGCUUUAGAUAAGUUUUCCAGCAGCUUUUCAUUGAUGGACAGGUUAUGGAUAGGGUGUUAGUUUAUUUCCAACAUGUAUACAAAUACAAUGUGAGACAUCACACACAUUGUAUCCAGUUUGUCAUUCUGGCAUGUCCGAAAAGGAGUAGGAGGAAGCAGAACCUAUUUAAUCCUACCCCGUUUCGUUUCACAGCAAUUUCAAACACAAUUGUUUGUACUAAAAUAUGCAACACAACAGUUAACAAAUAAAUGACUAAGUAAAUAAAUAAAUAGACAAAUGCAUAACUAAAUAGUUAAGUAAUUAGUUUACAUAAUGUGAUGAUCUCAUUUUUAUUAAAGCUCAAGAUGUUUAUCAGGAUUCAUUUUUUUACUUUGUGAACACUUUCAGUGAACAGUUGCUUAAACUGGAUCAUAUUAAUACACUGUUCAUGAAUCCAUUCAACAAUUUGAUUCCACAUACUUAUAUGCUAAAGGUUGUGAGUGUUAUACAUGCAUACAAAUGUUUUAAUGAGAUUUUUCUCUGAAGUUAUUAUUCUCCUUUAGUGGAGAAUAAUUUUUGUAAAUUAUUGGGUAGCAGGUUAUAUUUACUUUUUGCAUCAUUUUCGCUGUUUGCAAAUGCACCAAAUCAUUGAAUUGCAAUGUUUGAUUCAACAAAUAAAGAGUUUAAAUGUU